AAUGGCGUCGAGAAAAGUUCUGGGAAUAGGCCGUACUCACUUGGUGAUGUUAGCCGGGGUUCCCAUGGCAACAUAUACGGUGUAUGCAGCGGAGGGGAGCUCACCAAAGUCAAGGAAAAUUAAAGCUAACGAGCUACCUUUGUAUGGGAAUCCAGAAGUUGACAACCAGUACGAGUUUGUUCCAGAGCAGAUAUCUCCGUUCAGGGCGAGCAUAUCUUCCAUACGGCAGAGUGUCUGGAAAUACCUGGACUCGAUAAAGGAAACAACAGAUUACGUGGAGCAUGUGUACCAGACAGGGAAAGCACAUACGCUAGGUUUUAUUGACUAUGUUCAGUCUGACCCCGGAAUUCUCCCCCGGGCGGGCGUCAUCACCGUAGCUGGGUUGGGAGGCAUCGUGGCAGGCUACAGAGGUGGUAUCCUGAGGAAGGUGACAUACAGCAGCGUGGCCAUGCUAUCAGCCGCAUCUCUCUGCUACCCUGACAAAGCCGUGGAGAUCACAACAUCAGCAUACGACACGGUUGUCCGGGAGGCGCGUGGACUCUGGAAGGGGGAAGACUCUAAGAUAGUGGAAACUGUAAAGUCUGAAAUCCCAGCUGAGAUCAAACAACCUGAUCGUCAGAUUCUGAAAAAAAUAGAGGAAAUAGAAACUCAUGUGCUGCAGAAACCGUCAAAAAUUGUGGAGGAUUUCGGACAGAGUAAACCUGAAGACAAGGACAUGUACACCACGAGGAGUUAAGGGCAGGGAGAAUUUAGUCAUUUAUGAGUUUGUUAAACAACAGUGAAAUGUAUACAAUUAAUAGAUAUUAUAAUUACUGUGACGUGUCACUUCCUCUACUAGUGAGAAGUAGGGGUGUAUUUCAGUGUGCCUGGAAAACUGCAAAAGGGAAGUGUUCAGCAACCAUCAGAGUACCUGUAACCUCUACCCCCUGGCAUUCGCAAUGUGUUCACCUGUGACCUUUGGUUUUGGAGGUCAUUGGUUUUUGCAUGCCUUGAAUCAGUGGUAUGCGAUAUUUUGAAAUGUUUGUCCUAAUUUGCGAUGUUCAAGUUUUAUUACUAGGGCCCCAAAUUUCAAAAAGCCAUUUCUGACUGAAGUCCAAAUUUAAAUCCUUAGGACAAGAUUGUAGUAAUAAUUAUUGGUACUGAAGUUGAUAUUUUUGUACUAAUUAUUUAAAGAGAGUAUUUAUGAGUUGAUGGAAAUUUUACUUUCCAAUGCCCAAAAGUAAGCUCUAAAAUCAUAUUUCACAUAUUGAUUUAAUUAAGUCAGAAAUCGUUUUGUGGUGUGCCCCCUUCUCCCUACAAGGGUCUUAAACUGAGGAUGGUUGUUUACGAUGACUGGUGAAAAACAGUGAUUUUUGU